UACAACGAUUAGUUGAAAAUAUCCAGACGAUUCUUGUAAAAAUGUAGCAUCUACAAUACAUUAAAUGGACGAUCCGGUAGAAGCUCUACUAUCCAUCACUACGUAAUUGUUAAACGUUUCCUUAUUUUCAUUGCAGCUGGGAGAGCAAAUGAAAAUGCGGAAUAUACCACACAUGUAGAACAAAGGCGUAAUGUAUCUGAUCAGAAUAGUGGAAGACAGGGAAAUAAUAGCUCUUCACGUUGGCAUGGCGAAAGUUCGUCAUCUGUACCUUCUAACGUCAAUACUUGUUUUAACGAAGAAAACUACGAAUAUAAAUUUGACUUUGGUGAUUCACUGUUAGUGGUAAAACAAGGUCAUAUUUCACAAGAGAAAGUAGAUGCCAUCAUUAUUAAUGUUGAUAACACCCAUUCAAUAGAACCUGUUCAAAUGAUUUGUGACUUAGCCGGUCCCAGAUAUAAGCAAGCUUGUGCAUCUCUAAAUCCAAAUGACGAACUUUACAUUAUGCGUGGUGGUGAGUUGCAUGCCAGAUAUAUUAUUCAUUUACCAUUACCUUAUUGUACUCCACCUCACAACGAUAAUCAACAUUAUUUGGAUAUUCUCCAUGAAAAUCUUUUGCCAAUAUUUAAAUAUUCAACAAAAUACCGUAUUAAUCGAAUAGCUAUUUCACCAGAUGGGUAUACCAGACAUAAGUAUAGACCGGAACAAGUACUUGAACAAUUAUACAAAGCUUACAGCAAUAGCGGCGCAUACAUACGUGAUAUAGUAAUGGUGAUUGAUGAUACAUCUAAGUUGCCAAUGUGGCUUGAUUUAUGUAAACGACUUUCAACUGAAUGGUCGAGAAAACGAGCACAAGGAAUGGAUAAACGUCAACAAAUCGAUGAACGUUCACCAGCAUCUGUAAAUGAACGCCCGUUCAUGGCUCCACACAGAUCUAACAGACAUGUAGAAGCAGAUAAUUUUAAUAGAGAUGACCAGCAGAAGCAAAAUAAGUAUAAUUCACAACAAAUACUUUCACUGUCAUCAGAUAAUAGAAGUACAAUGUCAUGUACUAGUUCUUCUGAUACCGGACGGCCACCAAUGGAUAUUAUUAAAUAUUCUCUCUCAAAAAGUACAGUAUUAACAAUAAAACAAGGUGAUAUCACUCUGGAGCGUAUUGAUGUGAUUGUAAAUGCUGCAAAUGAAUUUCUCACUGAUGAAGCAUGUAGGAAGUCUCAAAUAAUUGAUAAAAGAGGAUGGCGUCUAUUACCUGGAAAAGCACUUGCAUUACCAAGCGGCAAUUUGCCAUCCAGUUGUGUUAUUGCCACCGUGGGUCCAAUUUUCGACGAAAGCGAUGAAGCGGAAUCAAGAAAUACAUUAUUUUCAUGUUAUAAAGAAUGUUUAUUAUUAGCUACAAAAAAUAAUUAUCGUUCAAUUGCAUUUCCGGCAGUGUCGUGCGGUGUUUUCGGUUAUCCUGUUCCAAAAGCUGCCCAGGUUGCAAUCGAAGCUGUCCAAAAGUUUUCUUCUAAAUUAAACGAGGUAGUUUUUGUCUUAUGGGAAGAAUCUACAUUUUGUGAUUGGGUUCAACAAGCAGAAAAGAAAGAUCUCGAAAAACUAACGGAAUAA